UCCAUCGCGUCCUCAGGGCUCGGCACCACCUCAGCCAUCCCGGCCGUGCUGUCGCCCGGCUCCAUUCUGGCAUCGUCGCAGGGCAGCGGUGGGCAGCAGAUCCUGCACGUCAUCCACACCAUCCCUUCCGUCAACCUGCCUAGCAAGAUGGGCAACCUGCAGACCAUCCCCGUGGUCGUGCAGUCGCUGCCCGUCGUCUACACCACCAUGCCGACCGAUGGCGUCACCGCCAUCACCGUCCCGCUCAUCGGGGGCGACGGCAAGAACACCGGCUCCGUGAAAAUGGACCCGGGCACCAUGUACCCCAUGGACAUGCCGAGUGACAGCGAGGACAGCGCCUCGGAGAGCGGCCCUGCGCCCUUCCAGGACCUGCAGCGAGAGUCUGCCACGCCGCGCCUGCCCCGCGCCGACUCCCCCGACCUGAAGAAGCGGCGGAUCCACCAGUGUGACUUUGAGGGCUGCAACAAGGUGUACACCAAGAGCUCUCAUCUCAAGGCCCACCGGCGGAUACACACGGGCGAGAAGCCCUACAAGUGUACCUGGGAGGGCUGCACCUGGAAGUUCGCCCGUUCCGAUGAGCUGACCCGGCAUUUCCGCAAGCACACGGGCAUCAAGCCCUUCCGCUGCUCGGACUGCGACCGCAGCUUCUCCCGCUCCGACCACCUGGCCCUGCACCGCCGGCGGCACAUCAUGAUGUGAGGAGCCCAGCACGGGGAGCGGGGAGACGGAGGCAACCUCGCUCCCUGCGUGCAGCUGAGGGACUGCGGGGCUGGCGGCGAGCGAGCCCUGCACCGGUGCGGGAUGGUCUCCGGAACGUGCUCCUCUUCUUCUGGACCUCUCCUCCCCGCGGGCAACGCCCGGAGGCUCCUCUCGCCGCGGCCUCCCGGCCUCCCCCCCGGCCCUGCGCGCUCACCUUCCCACGGGCGGUGCGGACGCAGCCACAGCCGAGGUGGGGAGACGUCCAGCCUCGUGUCUGCCUCCUUCCAGCCCACCUGCGCUGCCUCGUCCUGUGCCGAGGGACGGGGAGAAAGGAAAAAGCAAAGGAGGGUGGACAGAAAGGACCCUGACCCACCCAUAAGAGCACCGCCGCCAGGAAAAGGGAAACUUUGCGGAACGUGGAACUGUGAUUUUAUGGAGUUCUAAGGGGGGUGGGGGGUGGGGGUCACGCCGGCUUUCAGUUUUCGGAGACUAUGGGACAGUUGAACCAUUUAUAAGUUAAAAAGGCAUCAGCCUCCCUACGGACUGUGGCCAUGCACUUUUCUUUGUAAUUGUAAUUGUUGUUUUUGUGGGGUUGGCCUGGCUCCUGUGCUGGGAGGGCAGAGGAGUGUGGGGCUGGGGGGGGGCGGGGGAAGGGGGGAGUGAGGGGAUGGUGACCCUCAGGGCUGCUUGAAGGGAGGAGCUUCAAAAAGUUGCUCUAAAGCUUCUGGAAGAGGCAGAGCCCUUCAGUCCAUGGCUCUCUUGGGGGCUUUUCCUCUGUUUAUGUGUAUCCGUGUGUCCCCGUCACAUUCCCUAUCCUACAGCAGCACUCCCCAUCUGAUCUGAAUGCUUGGUGGUGGGGAACAGCCCUACAUCCUUCCCUGCAGCCUUGGAGAGACCCAUGCAGCCCUGGAUCUGGAGCUAAGGACAGUGCUUGGGGGCCAGCACCACUGAUGGCCCACAGCAAAGGUCUGUCCUGCAAAUGUGCUCAGGACAGGUGGGAUGGUGAUGGAACCCUUUGGGGUGAGGGACUGGGGACAUUUCUUUGGCUUUUUUUCUUUUUUUUUUUUUUAAACCAUGGGAUUUAAAACUCCUGAGCUGUGAUAUUUGUACGAAACCAUUUGACGUUUUUCUACAGGGGAAUAACAUUGGAAGCAGAAGAGCCUGGUGGUGUGUGUCUGUGCUGCAGCAGCGGCAGGUUGAGCACUGGGGAUGAGCAUGACUGGGCUUCACCAUCUCCUUUGCAGGGCUCCUGAGUUCCUCUUCUGAGGUUUUAUUGAAAAGCAAGGCAGUCUAAAAAAGGAAAAAACAAAAACCUAAAUUGGGUGCUUUAGCUGCAACCCAUGUUGUCUCCAGGUGCACCGAGAGCUGAUAUGUGGAGGGGAAAUUGACAGCACCAGUGACAGAGACACGAAGGACACAACGUGCACAUCCCCACACUGCCUGUCUCAGCUGCCCAUCACAGCUCCGUCAGUUCCCACUGCAGGCUGGACAUGGCCUUGUGCUUGAGGAAGGUGCCUGGAUCCUGCUGGGCUCCCACCUCAAUAUCCUCUGUCUCUGUCAGCCCCAUCCCCUGUGCCCUCAGGGCACUAAUCACUUUUAAUUGCUCUGAGCAUCCUCUCUGGGGACCUCCACCCACCCUCCUGAGCCCAUGGCUCUCGUGGAGCUCCCUCACCUUCCUGAGCUGUGCUGUGGUGUGCUGGCCAUGGACGCCAAGCUGUGGGCUGACAUCAGGCCUGCCCUGUUCCCAUGGACCUGCCUGGUGGCCAUCUCAACCUGCUGAGUGUCUAUGGGAGUUGCUGGCCCUCUCUGUGCCUGGUGCAUGGGGACACACACCUCAUGACCUCCUCUGAGAGGCUUAUGGACCCCAAAGGCCUCCAAGAUGUGCUCUGGAGGCUGCAGGUAAACAUCUCAGCCUGGUGAUGUUCACAAGUGACUUCCCCAUGUGUCUGGAAGCCCCAACACCUCCUUGCAGCCAGCCAGUAGCCCCCUCUGGUCCCCACCUCUACAUGUCCAGGCCAAGGGCAAGGUGA